CACCGGAAGAUCGUUUGCAUGACCACAAACAAUAAAAUCCCUGGUUAAAUCCCUGGUGCCUAGACAACACUAUCAAUAUUGACUAUUUUCAGAGAGGAGCAAAGCAGCACACAGACAGUCUCUCCUGUUAAAAGCGUAUCGUUUGACCCAUGGCAAACUUCACUACUACAGAAGAUGACUGCUGUGCCUUUGAGUCUCCCAUCCUGGACCAUGUCCUGCCUCCCAUCCUGGUGCUGGAGUUCAUGUUUGGGCUGAUGGGGAAUGUUGUGGCUCUGUGGAUGUUUAUUUUCCACAUGGACACCUGGAAGCCCAACUCUGUCUACCUCACACAGCUGGCUGUUGCCGACUCCAUCGUCCUGUUCUGUCUACCAUUCAGAGCCGACUACUACCGACGCGGCAAGCACUGGAUCCAUGGUGAUGCCAUGUGCCGGAUUAUGCUGUUCAUGUUGACGGCCAACCGCGGCGCUGGCAUCUUCUUCCUCACUGCAGUGGCUGUCGACCGUUACCUCAAGAUCGUUCACCCUAUGAACAAGAUCAACCGGAUGGGCCUGAAUUAUGCUCUGUGGGUGUCUCUGGGCCUGUGGGGGCUGAUCAUCGCUGCAACCGGGUACCUGCUGACCAACAAACACUUAUUCUACCGCAACAACCAGACACAGUGCGAGAGCUUCAACAUCUGCAUGGGCUUCAGCCCGCUGUCUACGUGGCACAACACCUUAUACGUGACCCAGUUCUUCUUGCCCACUGCCAUUGUCACCUUCUGCACGGUCUGCAUCACCUGGCAGCUGAAGAACAAGACGAUCGACAUUGGGGGGAAGAUCAAACGUGCGGUGCAGUUUGUCAAGGCCGUGGCACUCAUCUUCAUCAUUUGCUUCUUCCCCAGUACAGUGUCUCGGAUCGCUGUGUGGAUCCUCAAGGCCUGGUACAACAAGUGCCAUUAUUUCAAAGAGGCCAGUUUGGCGUUCUAUACCUCUGUCUGUUUCACCUACUUCAACAGCAUGCUGAACCCCAUCGUGUACUACUUCUCCAGCUCUGCCUUCAGUGAGAACUUCCAGAAGCUGUUCAACAGACUGCUGGGCAGGAAAGAGGAGGAGGUACCGCCAGCCUCACCUGAGACUGGGACCAAGAUCAGCAGUGCAAAUACAGUGUCAGGGAGGAGUAGUAACUUCCAAUCACAGGUCCAGGGUGAGGGCCUGUACUCGCAAAGCGUCUCAGACUUAUUCAUUGUGAUGUAAAAUACAAAACUGAUCCUAGAUCAGCAGUCCUAGGCUUACUCUGAGACGCUUUUAUGAAAAGGUACCCAGGAGAACAAAAUAUCUGAUUUUUCUUCUUCUACUCUAGUGGAAUAUGGUGUGUUCUAAAGAAUAUUAACCAGAUGUCAAGGAAGUCAAGGAAGUUGGAGAUAGUUGACUGAUACGAAUUUUAACAUGUUUAUGUUAUGUUGAUGUUCCAUAGCUAAAAGUAGAAAUUCAUGAAUUGGUUCGCUCAAUUAAGAAUUUGUUUGCAGUAUAACAGUGGAAUUUUUAAUGUAAUAUUUCAUAUUUACAAUCCUUUGUCGUUGGGUUUUAUGUAUUUGCUGGGGAUUCAAGUAAAUUCCUUGUGAACUAGAAAAGUACAUUUCCUAAAGAAAAUGUGUGUGCUUGCUAGCUUGUCUUCAAGUAUUUAUGGUUGUGAAAUAAGUUAUAGUAGUGAUAGUGACUGCAGUAGCAAUGAUAGUGACUGGUUAUAGUUGAAAAAGUAGGCAGAUUUGAUUUGAUUAUUUGAUAGAAUAGGAUAGCCUGAACAUGUGAAGUUGGUUCGGUGUCUCUAGCUUGAACAGUUCAAGAGUUACUAUUAGUGUUGGUGG